CAUGAAAAUAUGCAUUAAAAUGAACGUAGUGAGUCGCCGUUCCUCAAGUUAUCCAAGGCAUUUCAGCGUACGCGACGAAACGCACGGGCAGUAAUCUCAUUGAGCUCGCGUGAGAACACUUUGUACAUUCUCACGUCACCCUAAGCUGAUCACAUUAACUCGUUCAAUCAAUGUUCUAUAAAACUCCUCAAGUGCUCCCGAAAUUUUAGUUAAUCCCGUGAAGUUUUAUCAACAUCCGAAGAUACAAGAGUCCGCCGAAUCCAUGGAGGAAUUCUCAACAUUAGCAGGUCAAGGCAAAGUCAAUCAACUCGGAGGAGUGUUCAUCAAUGGCCGCCCUUUACCCAAUACAACAAGGCUGCGCAUCAUAGAACUAGCGCAUAUGGGAGUGAGACCCUGCGACAUUAGUCGUCAACUUCGCGUCUCCCACGGUUGCGUGAGUAAGAUCCUAUCGCGUUACCAAGAAACUGGAUCGAUCCAACCUGGUACAAGUGGUUCGCCGAAACCCCGAAUCAUCACAAAAGACAUCGAAUUGAAAAUAGACGAAUAUCGUAACAUGUACCCGGGUAUGUUCUCCUGGGAGAUUCGCGAACGUCUGUUGUUGGAUAAAUUCUGCAGCCGAGAAACUCUGCCUUCCUUGAGCUCCAUAAGCCGGAUGAUGAAAAGCAAGCUACGGUCCGAGAGCCUCGACAGCGGCGCGCAAUCGAACAGCGAGAACGAAGAGGACGACAGGGAACACAAGGCGGCGGAUAGGGAAGACGGUGUACAUCAUCGAAGCGAGAGGGACAGAGAGAGCGUCUCCUCGGAUCACGAGCAAACCACUGUGCCCAGAAUUAAACAAGAGAAGGUCGAAGAUGCCGAAGAGAUGGACGAGGGGAAUGAAUCAGACUCCAGUUACUAUGGCGAGACCACCAUGGGCAUGCGCUUUCACGCCGAGCAUCUGAUACUGAAGCAAAAACAGCGACGAUCACGAACCAAGUUCACGUCAAAUCAGCUCGAAGAGCUUGAGAAAGCUUUCCAGAAGACACAUUAUCCGGACGUGUACACGAGGGAAGAACUUGCUCAAAGAAUCAAGCUCUCCGAAGCAAGAAUACAGGUAUGGUUUUCCAACAGACGCGCAAGAUUGAGAAAACAAGAACUACCCAAAACUCAACCGAUUUCCUCGCCACGAAUCAUGCCCCCUGCACCCAUGCCGUUCCCCGCCUUCUACUACUAUUCAUAUCCCUCCAUAUCACCCUACCCUAUCCCAUCGUAUCCACGAACGACCAUGUGUAGCUGUGGUUAUCCAUGCAGCGGGAGUUCGGGUCACGCGCAGGUCGCCAAGUAAACAAACCUUCGCGACUUGUUUUGACGCCAUACGCGCAACCACGUUUAUCUCGACCAGCGGUCACACCGAGAAGCGUUCAGUGGCGAUUUUUCGAUUGCAUACCGACAACGAAUCGCUAAGAAAAGCUCCAAUAUGAACUUACAACGGACAAAAAGGGUUGUUAAGGAUAUAUCAUAAUUGUUAAAUAAUAUUUGUAAUAUAUAAUCUUGUAUAUAGAAUAUUAUACCUUGGAGCCGGCUUCAUUACAUCUAAUGACUGUAUUAGAUAGGGUACAUUUUUAAAUUAUUCUUUGUUAUAAUUAAUUAUCAUAAUUAAUUUGAAUCCUUAAAUAUGGCUGCCUUGCGAUGACCAACAUAAAAAUUAUGCAUACACUAUAUUAUUAUUUUUGAGAAAAAUAUCUCCUCAAAAGAUUUCCAUGGACCAAAACUUGCCCAAAGUAAAAUGCAAGUUGCUAAAUUACCAGAAGUCCAUGAGUAAUGGUUAAGUAUUGUUGUAUGCAAAAUGUACGUAGUUCAGAAUUCAGCAAAGCAUGUAAACAAAAUUUGUAUAAUUUUAUACUACCUAUAGACACCUUCGUAUGUAGAACAUAUCGCUUUAGUUAUCGCAUUUCAUGUCUGCAUAUAUUAAUAUUAAAAAGAUUUUUAUAUCCAUUA